AUGCUUGACAUCACGAGUGAUGACGGCAGGGAGCGGCUUGUGAGUUUGGACCAGAUAUACGAUGUGGAAAUGAAACGCCUUUUUGGAAAGAAGCCAGUAUAUCAUGAUUUUCGACAGAGAGUCUUGGAUAUUCUCGCGAAUUGUGGCAAUGACCAUGAUCUUGGUCUUCUGAUUAUUCGCUGGCUCACCAACAAUAGACAAGCAGAUACACGAGCUCGAGCGGCAGGUUUAUUAAAAUCUCUAUCUAUUCCCACGCCGCAGGCCGUCCUUGAAACCAUUCUUUCCUCAUUUGAAAGUCGCCGAAAUAGGGCAAUGGAUAUUAUUUCUUGGAUUAUAUUUGCCUUUGAGCCACCCACGUUAGGCGAGCUGGCGGUUGCGGUGAAAAUGGCAGACGGGGCCGAGGAGGAUGAUCUCCAUGAUAUUGGAUUUGACGACUUUCACAAUGAUAUCCUGCAAUUCGGCGAUAUUUUCCUCUUUUCUGGAUAUGAAAUUGAAUCUUCCGAUAUAAUACGCCUUCGAGAACUCCCUAGUCCUGAAGAUCAGCUGGCAGCUCAUGCGAAAAUGGCUUCACUAUGUAUUCGUUAUCUCAGAGUUCCUAGUGUGAUGGCACGGACUGAAGAUAUGUGUGGUUGCUACGGUUCUGAAGCACCAGUAUCCAGGCCAAGACAAGAUCUGAUAUCAUAUGCCGUCACGUAUUGGUGGAAACAUUAUGAGCUUGCGGGUAAAAAUCGACCGACAGACGAGGCAAAGGCGUUUUUAGAAGAUAAGGACGCCAGAAGGAUUUGGGCUGAAGCUCGCUACACCCUGUCUAAUCCUGUCACUCGUCUAUCGAGGUCCUAUUCCUCGCCCCUCCCAAUUGCGGCAAUGGUUGGGAUGGGUGAUUUCUUAUCCGGCCAGAUUGAGGCUGAGAGAACGACGCCCUCAUUCUCAAACGAUAUUGGCCUUGCUCUGAUUGAAGCUGUCAGAAACGGCCAUGGCCAUACAGUGAGGGUCCUGGUAGAGAUGAAUAGCCCCAGCAAAGAGACGCUAGAGGAGGCAGUCUCUACAGCUGCGGCGGUUGGCGACGAAGAUACAUUGAGUUAUCUGAUUAACCUCGCCAUAGAACUCCAAAGCUUCAAUUGGCCGCCUAUUCUUUACCUUCGCAUCUCAUGGUUAGGCUUUAGCCAUGCAGCAAAAUUACUCCUUGAUGCAGGCGUUAAGAUACCCGAGCCAAGCGGCUUGUUCCAGACCUCGACACUCCAUCUCGCGGCCGAAGGGAGGCAUAGCAACGUAAUGAGGCUACUACUCAGUCAAACGCUUAAAGUAGAUGCAAUAGUCGAGGAGUAUACCCCGUUGCACAUUGCCUCUUACAGCGGAGACGCCGAUGCCGUUGAGAUUCUCGUCAAUGCCGGAGCUAAAGUCGACCACAUAUCAGUAAACCUAUGCAUAGAAAACGGCAAACCACUUGCACUCAAAGCGUUGAUCAAUGCUAAGGCAAAAACUAAGGCAGAUUUGAAUCAUGGUGUUGACAGGCUCAAUGACGACUCCGACUUCUCAAUGAGGCGGGCAACGCCCUUGCAAUUUGCCGCAAUGCGAGGAUACUUUGCGUGCGUAAAGCUUCUCAUCGACAGCGGGGCCGACAUCAAAGCUACAUUGAAUGGAAAAUCUGCCCUCUGGCAUGCAAUCGGCAGAGGACAUUUGACGACGUGCCGACUUCUACUGGAGAAAGGCGCAGAUCCAAAUGAACACCCAGAUGGCUGCGAGACCCUUCUAGAAUUAGCCAUGAGCUCCAGCCUAGACGCAAAUGAAAAGCUGCAGCUGUUCGAUCUUCUAGUUGAGAAGGGCGUUGGAACCGAUCUACACCACGAAGGCAGCAUCUCGCAUCGUAAGAGAAACGCGCUCCUUGUGGCUGUAAAGGUUGGCAAUUACGAGCUGGUCAAACGCGUCAUGAAGCGUGGCAUGUUGCCAGAUUCCAACGAGGACACACAGACGCCGCUCUACCUGGCGAGCUUUCACGGCCAUACAGCUAUUGUGCGUCUGUUAUUGGAUGAAGGUGCUGAUGUGAACAAAUGUGCAGAAAAGGGCUGGACGCCACUCCACGCGGCUUAUGACAAUCCAGCCAUUGUCAAGUUAUUGCUCUCUCAUGAUGCCGACAUCAAUGCCAUGUCGGAGUCUGGUUCUAUCAUCCAUUUAGUAGCAAAACACAACAAGAUUGAGGUCCUCUCCAUACUUCUCGGACACAAUACCAGACCUAAUCUAGAGCUUUUGACGGUAUACGAUACAUAUACAGAUAUGACGGCUCUCUGCAUUGCCUGCAUAUUGGGUCAUGCCGAUAUCAUGAGAUUACUUCUCCAAAAUGGCGCCAACGUCAACCAUCGAACAUUAGACGGAAGUUUUCCGCUAGAGUUCAGUUUUAAAGCCGCCGCCACUAAUUCUAUAUCAGCAAUUGAUACGCUGCUCGAAUUUCGACCAAACUUAUCCCAAGCCGACAAUAGCGGUAACACGAUACUGCACAACAUCAAUUCGUCGACACCAUUGGCGGUUAUCAAGCUUCUGUACACAGCAGGCUCGAAUGUACUAGCAGUAAACAGGAAGGGCGAAACUGCUCUGAGCUUAGCUGUAUCCAGAAAUAAAGAAGCCGCUCGGUUCUUUAUCUCCAGAGGUGUUGACGUUAACACCUACACUCCUGAGACAGGGACUAUCCUGACCAUGCUCGCCGCAGAAGGUGACUGGGAGCUGUUCAAAACUGUCAUCGACGUCGGCGGGAAUAUUAAUCUCGCACAUGAGCUUGGCUUUGAGCAUACAUUGCUCUGCUUAGCGUUGACCAAACCUUGGGGAGGUAAUCGACGAAAUAUUGUACGACAUCUUCUCGAGAGCUCGCAAUAUGAUCCCAACAUAGAGUGCAACAAUGGCCACUGUGAGUAUCCCAUCUUUAAAGCCGUUGCCGCCGCAUCUGAAGCAACGACUCUACUGCUUCAGCACGGAGCCAAUAUGGAAGUCAAUGACACCUUGGGCCGUCGUCCAAUGCACAUCGCCGCAUUCCAUAACAAUGACAGUGUCAAAGUCCUGCUCGAUAACGGCGCUGAUCGAAUGCCACGAACAAAGACUGGGAUGACUCCGUUGCACUUUGCCGCCGCAUAUACGUACAAUCUACCCGAAUAUUUAGAGCUGUUGGAGGGUUACAUCGAUGGUAGCGACACCGCCAAAGCUAAAAAAACAUCAGAUCAUGAUGAGCAAGGAAGCAGCGGGGGGGUUAAUACCAGCUUGUCGAUAGAUGAGGAAGCGAGAAAUAGCUACCAAAAGCUCGACAUCAACGCCGCGGACGAUGACGGAUGGACACCACUCAUGUGGGCAGCCAAGUGCAAUUAUACCGGCACGAAUUCUAUUACCGAACUCACUAAGCGCGGCGCCGAUCUUUGGAUAACAGGUAAAGUGCUGGAUACCCGAGGAUACGAUAGAGAGUGGUCUCCUCUCAAGGUAUCUCGUUAUUUUGGGUCUCGAGAAUAUAUUUACCAAGCGUUGACCCCACUGGAGAAGACUCGUGUAUUUCCAGAUGGGAGUACAAAAGAAUGGGAUGAUAAACAACACACAACAAUGUCGGCUGAUUGGAAGUUCGAAGCCCAAGGCCCUGAGUGGGAAUAUGGACAGGAGGAGCCUGAACAACCAGUGGUCUCGGAAAGUACAGAGGGUUUACAAGCAUCGUCCGGGGAUGUAUUAGCUAGUGUGGGGUCACCUUUUGAAGUUGCGUUGGAAGAUUUACCCGACGAACAUGAUAACGAAGAAAACAGCGAUGAGAAUAUGGACUUCGAUUACGAUUAUGAAGAGGAGGAGAAGGAGGAGAACGGGGGAGAAGAUGAGUAG